AUGGGGAUUCAAGCUGAUAAGAAGUUCACUUGGGUGAUUAAGGAUUACAACUCUUUGGUUGAAGAUAGUGAAAUUUAUUUUGAUAUAUUCGUGGCUGGUCACUGCAAAUGGCGUCUAAUUGCCUAUGCCGCCUAUCCCAAGGGGUCUCAUAAGUAUAGAUGUGGUAAACAUCUAUCUCUGUUUUUAUGUGUUCCUGAUUCUGAAUCUCUACCUUCGGGAUGGAGAAGACACGCUAAAUUUUCCUUUAAAGUGGCAGAUCAAAUUCCUGGAGAACUCUCCCAUAUGGCCAUAUGCGAGUAUAACUCAAGUCAUGCCUUCUAUUCAAAUGUAAAUGGUGAUGACUGA